AUGGGCGGAAUUGAAAAGCUAUCGCUGCGGGGAUGCCACGCCCACCCGGUUGGCGACCAACUUGUCGAAUUGGGUCUCACGCCAAAUCAAUUGGAAAAUCCAACGCAUGCGUUUUCAAUUCAAUUGAUGGAGCACACUAUCGCAUUUCGAAGCAAGGGCGUGGCGUAUCAAUCCAUCUUCGACGUUUUCCUGGGCAACUUCUCGACCAACAUAAAGGAUGUUGCGUACCGCCAAUUUAUCGAUGCGUCACGACAAUUUGCAGCCGUGCCAUACCUCUUGCGGCAUGGGGAGUUUGUUGUCAAGGCGGACGAGCCGUUCCCCAAGCCUGUUUGUCCUGCAUGCACCGGGGACGGAGCGACUUCUGCAGGGCCAAUUAUACCGGUAUAA